GACCGGUCUUGACGCACGGGAGGAGACGUGCGGGAGGAAUCCCACCACCACGAGCAGCGCGCCGUCCGCCGAGCGCGCCACACACUCGAUUGGGCCCCCAGCCGUACAUAGCACGUACUACUCGAUCGGACCUCCAACUCGCGAUCGCCAUUUUGUAUCACCACGUCGUAGUUUAAUACUUAAACCUAAUUGUAAACGGCUAUUAAACCAGCCUUAUCGAAAUACAGUCCACUCUUUCAUUUAAGUUCCCAGUAGGACCCUUUUCAUUGGUCCUUCUUCGCAAAAAGUCGCGCGAUUAGGAAAUAGUAUCGGACUGUCGACGUACGCAAGAUUUCAAGAGCUCUUCAGGGCGGUCUUCAGCAGCAAGAUUUCUUCGGGAACCUGACAGGUCUUAUCCCUGGUGAAGAAUCUACGCAUCGCAGCCACUGAAGCUCAAGAAAGAAGCUUUUUAGCCGAUCGACCAACGAGUUGGACUUUGGACCCGUCGAUUGUUCGAGGCGUAGCGAGGAAACGAACUUGGAUCGGAAGCCGGUUUGGGUAUUUUGUGAGUUCGUUCCAAUUUAUUUCCUUCUUUUUCCCUUUCUUUUCGCUACAGAAUUGCUAAUAGCCCAAUUUAGUGAGUGCAUAUUUUCAUUUCAUUGCAAUUUAACAUCUUCUUCUUAUUUCAUACUUGUUUUAUCAGUGCUUAAAGCUUACGUCAAAACCGUGCGAACGUCAAAGUGCAUCUUGUAAAUAAAUAAAUUACGUGCACAAAUCUAUUUAUAGCCACCGGCCGGCUCGCACAGCUGUUCUUUUGUUCGCCCGAAUCCUUAUCGCACUGCUUGCCGCAUUCUUUUGUCCCGUUAAUUUGCAUAAAGUAACCUUUCCAUUCAUAAUUCUUAUCUAUAUUUUUUGCAGUAGUUUCGUUAUUUAUUGAUAAUUUGGGCAAUAUUUUUGUUUUUUAUUUAUUAAUAUGGCUCAAUCAAAGGAACACGAAAAAUUAACAAAGAAACGUAGCUGUUUGAAAUCAAAAUUAACCAUUUUUAAUAACUUCAUUUCCCUUCUUAAGACUUGCACUGAACCUAGUCAGGAACAAUAUUUAGACCUGGAAGGGCGCUUAAACAAAUUUGAUGCCAUAUACCCUAUUUUUGAUGAUUUGCAGUCUGACAUCGAGAUGCUUACGGAGGAUUCCGACGCUGAAAUGAAGGAACGCGAGCAGUUUGAAGACCAGUACCACAAGCUGGCUGCGGCCGCGCGGGGCUUGCUCAGCGCGCGUCGCUGCCAGCAGCGCGAUAACGGUUCCGUUUCGAGCAACGAUGAUGUUCAGGCGAGUAAUUCUCACUUACAUAAUUGCGUUCAACUGCCUAAAAUUGACUUGCCCAUUUUCCAUGGUAAUUAUCAGCACUGGCUUAAGUUUAGAGACACCUUUAUUUCUUUAAUACACUCUAGACAAGAUAUGGAUAACAUAAAUAAAUUACAUUAUCUUCACGCUUCUCUUAAAGGCAGCGCUUUGCUCAUUAUUGAUAAUUUAGAUUUUAAAGCAGAUAAUUAUGAAGCUGCUUGGAAGUUGCUAUGCAAUAGAUACGAUAAUAAACGAUUGUUAGUGAACAACCACGUUCAAGCAUUAUUUAAUAUUGAACGCAUGCAAAAAGAAUCUUUCACAUCUAUUCGCCAUCUUAUAGACGUAACUAAUAAAAACUUGCGUGCCUUAGCUUCUUUGGAUCAACCCACUCAGUACUGGGACACUUUGGUCAUUCAUAUGAUCUCUGAAAAGUUAGAUAAUGUUACCUACAGAGUUUGGGAAGAGCAUAGAAACACAUUAUCUGAUUCUCCGUCUUUAAAGAUAUUUAUUCAAUUUCUCAGUAAUAGAGCAGACUUAUUGGAGACCAUACAAGAAAAAGGUAACAUGCAUAAUAAUAAUUCAUACAAACAAAAUACUUAUUUUCUAACACAAAAUACAAACAAUAAUAAAAAUAGCACUUAUCCUAAUAAUAAUAAAUCAAAUAAUAAUCAAAACAUAAAAUCAAAUCAAAAUAAUUAUAAUCAGAAGUCUUUUAAAUGUUCUCUUUGCAAUGAAAGUCAUUAUUUAUUUAACUGUGAAACAUUCAGGUCCCUUUCAGUUGAGGAGAGAAUUAAAAAGGCCAAAGAGACAAAAGUGUGUCUUAAUUGUCUGCGUCCUGGUCAUUAUGAAAUUAAAUGCACUCUAGUCCCUUGUCGGUACUGUAAAAAGAGACACAACACACUUUUGCAUCUACAUGAGCCAGAACCUACUCCUAUAACCGCCAUUCCAGUCAAUGUAAAUCAUUUUGCUAAUGAUUCGAAUGGUCUUACACAGUUGACUACUCCUGCGCAUGUAUUACUAUCCACAGCGAUCGUGCGGGUGUUGGACGGCAGCGGCGCCGCGCACUCCGCGCGCCUCCUGCUCGACAACGGAAGUACCGCGAACAUUGUGACGCAGUCGUUGUGCGGUAAGCUGGGUCUGUCGCGCCGCGAUGCGUACUCCAUGGUGACAGAACUUUGAAGCCUUCUUCAGCAGCCUUCAACCCGGGGAGCAUGUCGCGGACCGGUCUUGACGCACGGGAGGAGACGUGCGGGAGGAAUCCCACCACCACGAGCAGCGCGCCGUCCGCCGAGCGCGCCACACACUCGAUUGGGCCCCCAGCCGUACAUAGCACGUACUACUCGAUCGGACCUCCAACUCGCGAUCGCCAUUUUGUAUCACCACGUCGUAGUUUAAUACUUAAACCUAAUUGUAAACGGCUAUUAAACCAGCCUUAUCGAAAUACA